GUAUACGAAACACUAAGAAUAACAUUUUCUUGGAAUCCUAUAAAAACAUUUAUUCCGAAGAUGUUUUGAACCUUGCAUUGAAUAUUUUGAAGUUGUUAGUCUUCAGAGGCAACAAAAGAUUGCGUCUCUCAAAAUGCGCAGCCGCAUUAGCCUAUCAAGGUAUUGGAAGUUAGCCAAUCAACGGUCUCCUUACAUCGCCACCGCCAAGCUUAGUUUUCUACAGCUUCACGAUCAGGCUGCCUACAAAGGAAGUAGUUGGUAGUUUUUGGUCCUAGAUUUCAGUUAAAUUAAGGGAUUUUAAAUUUCUUUUACUUAUUUUAAGUAUUGGUUUUAUAUGUUAGUCGCCAGUUUUACGAUGGCUCAAAACAAGUUAUAUUAAGUACAAAAGAUCACAUUUGAAUUCUGUAACUCUUACCUAUUUCGCCAUUUUCGAACGACGACGACCCUGGUGUGUACAAGAAUUUGGGCUAUAUUUCUCACCGAUCGAUAGUAGUAGUUGUGCAUCGACUCGUCUGAGUUAAAUGCCAGAGAUCUGAAUGAUUAAAUGCAACAGAAGUAAUUAUGACCACUUCUUCUGCCACGUUGACAAGUUUAUGGGUGGACGAAGGACAAGGUAGCCCGGUAAAAAGUGCCCCAACAACACCGUCCAAGGCAGCCGGACAUCAAAUUGUUCAAGAUGAUAUCUUAAGCUUCUACAAGGAACAGGGCUUGGAAAGCAUCGCAAAGGAAGCUGGUAUGUUGGAUAAUAAUAGUGGGCUACAGACACUGAAGGACCACAAUUUGCAGCCAACUGCAACAAAAGGAACACUAGCACUACCUGUAGCUGUCAUCCCAGGCGCUAUACACUACAAGUCGUCUCCUUUGAAAGGGGAAACACAGAUCUUGCCAAAGAGCCUUCAGAAUCGGACAACACUCACAACGACUACAGGAUCUCCUAUGAAUUUGGGGACACCACAACGAACAGUUCCAACAGUAUUAGGCGGAAAUCCACACAUACUAACACCUGUUGGGCUGGAAUCACCAUGGAGAAAAAGGACUAUUUAUGUAGACAGUGACAAUCAAGAUUUUACAGGAAGUGGCAAACGAAGGAAACGGGAGAAGGAGGGCAAGGGUCUUAGACAUUUUUCUAAUAAAGUUUGUGAGAAGGUUAAAAAGAAAGGCGUAACAUCCUAUAAUGAGGUUGCUGAUGAAUUGGUACAAGAAUUUGCUGGUAUUCCCCCACACCAUCGAUUAUCACCAUCAGAACAAGCACAGUAUGAGCAGAAGAAUAUUCGAAGGCGGGUGUACGAUGCCCUCAACGUUCUCAUGGCAAUGAAUAUCAUCUCCAAGGAGAAAAAAGAAAUCCGGUGGAUCGGUCUGCCAACGAAUUCAGCGCAGGAGUGUCAGAAUUUGGAGCUAGAGAAGAAACAGAGGGAAGAACGAAUACGACAUAAGACAUCACAGCUUCAAGAACUAAUAUUGCAGCAAAUUGCUUUCAAGAACCUUGUGCAGAGAAACAAAUCAAUGGAGCAGUCCGGAUUUAGUAAUGCUCCUACCAGCAGUUCCGCCAUCCACCUUCCCUACAUCAUUGUCAACACAAGCAAGAAGACGGUGAUUGAUUGUAGUAUAUCUAAUGAUAAAUUUGAAUAUCUAUUUAGUUUUGACAAUGCAUUUGAAAUUCAUGAUGAUAUAGAAGUACUGAAGCGAAUGGGCAUGGCCUUUGGCCUGGACAAAGGUGAAUGCAAAGAAGAACAUUUAAAACAAGCAAGAGAAAUGGUUCCAAAAGCCUUAGAACCAUAUGUGCUUGAAAUGGCCCAGCAAAAUAAAGGGCAAACAAAUAGCACAUCAAUAAUCGCAGGACCAAGCGGAAUUCAAUCGCGUGCAUCGGCUAGUGCUGGAUCAGCAAGCCAGACAUCGUCGCAAGAACAGAGUUCAUCUCCUUUGUCAUUGGAUUUUGAAGUUGCCUUAGCAACUGGACAGACAAUGUCCCGUACACCAAGUAUUGGGUCACAUUCAAGCUUUGGUCAUUCACGUGGUGCCACUGACACACCAUCAUCGUUGCUUGAGAGUGAUGUUGAUGGGUCCGAUGAUGAUUUAAGUGUGGAAUGAAAGUAAAUCCACAGUAAAGUAUAAACAUAAUUGAUAAAGCACAAAAUAAAAAAAAUAUCCAUGAACUGAAGAUAUUAAGCUUCUUUGCUGGUCAAGUCCAUGUCAUAUGACCAUGUACCGAACAAAUAUGGAUGGAAUUUACAUGGCUAUGUAAUCGCCAAGGAAAGACUUGAUACACCAUAAUUGAGCAAGGUCAAAGGUUAAUUCAACGUUGCUCUAGCUGCUAAAUGUCCAAUUGAAUGGACUUAGUAACAGCCAAAAAUCCAUUUGACAGCCUUUAGUUUAUUUGACUUGGCUUUGUAAUGGAUCAAAUCAAGGUCAGUUGGUUCCAGCCAGUGAUACAUUUUGAAUAGCGCAGUGAUGGCCAAAUGUCCUUAUUGAUGUGACUCUGCAAUAGCUGGAGAUCCAGUCGUCGUAGAUCUGUACUGGUCAUUUCUUGCUACCCCAAGUUUCUCACAUUUAAAUUCCAAGAUCUACUGCAUGCGCUGAGUUUGCUGAUCGAGUGCCGUUAUGAUUUUGAUGCGUUUCUGCUCAUUUUAUUUAUUAACAUAUCUUGUAUUGGUGUGACGCUGGUUGAAAUGGAGCUUGAGUGCAAAAUGUUUUCUUUUUAAAGUAUAUAAGUUUAUAUUACCUCUUAUCAGUUUUACAACUUCUAAGUGAAGCAGUGCUGGCCAACGUGUUGACCAACCUGCUUAAUGUUCUUGCAAAAAGAUGUUGAUAAUUUAUAAAUUAUUGCAAUUGAUGCAAAACAUCCUGUCUUAUGUUCAUCCUGAAUUUAGAAUACCUGGAAGAAUCUGCUUUAUCACAGUUUUUGGGAAGGAUUCCAGUCACAAAAAAUAUAAGUGUUGUCAACCCUCUAUGGGCUAUUUCUACAGAUCAAAUAAUAGUCUUCAUCAUCUGGGCUACAUUUUGAAAAUGGAAGCACGUGUGAAAUGCCUUUCUUGACACAUGUUUAUGUGAAAGGAACGCAAGGAUUUUAGUGUCUAAGUAGAUGUGGACAUAGCGAUUAUUAAUAAAAACAGAUUGAUAAAAGAUUAAAAAUAUUACACAAGUACGAAAGAUCACAAAUCAGUUGUUGAUUAUGGAACAAAAAAAAUACAUGUUAAGAUCAAUUGCCUUUCAGUUUUCUUGCAAGAUUAUCUAACACAAUGCAAAAUUUUUCCCCUUCUAGCCAUGGCAACAUAGUACAUUCUGUGAUUUUAAAGCAUCAUUCCAACCUGAAACAUAUAUACAUAUCUCAGUUAAUUUACAGUAAGUUUGAUUUUUAUGGUCACAAAAUGAAGAUGGACAAGAAGAAGGUUCGAAAAUAUUAAUUUUUGCAUGAUAUUCAUUUGUGGACAGAAACUGAUGUAUAGAAAUCUGAAACCUCUAAAAGGAAGUCACCAUGAUAUUUUCGCUCUGAAGCCAUUAUUCAGUACCCCCUAAUGUUGAUACAUUGGGUCAAAUUCAGUACCCCUCCAUGUUGAUAGAUGGGGUCAAAUUCAGUACCCCUCCAUGUUGGUACAUGUAUCAUAUUCAGUACACCCCUUCAUGUUCAUACAUGGGGGUCAAAUUCAGUACCCAUCCAUGUUGAUACAGGGGGUCAUAUUCUAUACCUCUCCAUUUUGAUAUAGAUGGCCCCAUUAUAUCAGCAUUGCUGUUAGGGACACCUUCAUUAAAUAAAGUUGAAUAAAAAAAAAAUCAUAUUCAUAUACCCCUCUAUGUUGAUGCAUCGGGUCAUAUUCAGUACCCAUUCAUGUUGAUACAUGUGGUCAUUCAGUACCCCUCCUUGUUGAUACAUGGGAACAUGACGGUGGAGGUCAUGUGCAGUUGAGUCUGAUUCAUUACACCAUGUAUUUACAGAUCCAUCGAUGUUGAUAUAAGGGGCAAGUUAGUACCUAUACAUUCUGAUGUAAAGGAUGUAUCAAAUUUACUUGCUACAAAACAUGCUUCUAAUGGGCAGUAGUAAAAGUUUUGAACACCUAUUUUUUAAUAAACCAUUUUAAUAAAAUAUGUCCUUCCAAAUUCAAAUUAUCUGGCCAAAUAUAAUUUACAUUCAGUUAAAGAAUUUAAGACAUGAGGUUUAUAACACAAACAUGAUAGAGCAUUUUGAAUAUGUAAAUAUAUUUUUGUCUUUAUUUAGAUAUCAUUUUUAAUGAUUAAAUGAAUUAUCCUUAAAGGGAGAAUAUGAUGAGACAAACAAUUGCUCUCAGCAGGUUUAAUGGAUGUUUUGUGUGUAUGUGUGUGUUGAUUUUUUUUUAGUAAUAUGUUUAAUUACGGGUGUUAUUAUGUACAGGAUCUAAUAGAAUGUAAAGAGUAUUGGAAUUUAUGGAAAAUGUUAAAAACUAAUGGAAUGGCAUUUAUGAGUUAUAUCACAAAUGUUUGGUUGUGUCCGACAAGAAGGAUAGGAUAAUGGACCUUUCUGGGCUGUCAAUCAAAUAUAAGAACUGACCAAUCAGAACAGUGCCAGAUUAACAUUUACGUUCAUUGUUUUGUGUAACCUAAGCAACAAUAUUGAAGGGGCGGGGUUUAGCAGAAAUGUCCAUUGUCGUCUAGCAGCAUUCUUGUAGCGGAUGUAUUACGCCCUGAUUAUUCGACUUGGAAUGCAGGUGUAUCCAUGAUUGGAAGGGGCGAUUCCUCCUUUUUGAAGGGGUUAGCCGAAACCAAUUUACAGCCUCUUUGGUUGUGCUCUGAUCUAAUGAUUCUUUAAAGGAUCUCUAAAUUUGAUUGAAUUUUAAUUCAGCUUGAUAUUUCGAUUUAGAUUGGAGUACAAAUUUUUGUAACUCUUUUUUGUGGAAGUGUUACUCCCUGAUUCAACUAUGAAUAUUUUCAUUUAGAUUGGAUGAACACUUUUUGACACUCUAAAGGCAGUAACCAACCAAAAUUGUUUUUUUUGUUUUUGCCAGUAAUGAUGCACUAUUAAAACAACAUUAUGUAUUAUUGUAAAACAACUAAUUAAAUGUCACUGAUGUUUCAAAUGCACAAAAAUCUUAAAGAAUCUGGCCUUGUGCUACCUUCCAUGCAUUGUCCCCAUUACUUAGUCCUAUUGUGUUUCUAGGAUGAAAUGUCAUGCCCAAUUUUUAUUUAACUAAAGCAAAAUGGGAUACUAAUGAAGUAGACUGUGGGGUGCUUCACAUGUUAUCACCUGUUGAAUAUGCCAUUUGUAUUUGUUGAAUUAGUCAUUUGCAUUGAAUUGUUCUGAAAAAAUGUUUAGGCUACCAGCAUAUGUUUGGUAUAACAAUAUGCACUAGAAUUGCUUUAUUAUUUAUACUAUGGAUACAUUGAGAGUUUGUACUACUAAGAAGCCAACUUGUACCGAGUGUAGAAAUUUCUAUUUGCCUGGCCCCAGAAGUUCUUUAUACAGCUGCCAAUUUCUAUUUAUAAACACUAAGUUUUUGUCCAUAUAUAUUAGGGUUCAAAUUUUAAAUGGGGUGUUGACACUAAAGCAGUGUGAAUUCAACAUUAAGAGCAGGUUAGGGAGUCACUUCAAAAUUACUUUGCAUCUGAUCGUUCAAAAUUGGGAGUUAAGUUUCCAUGAAGACCAGAUUUAGAUCAUUAUUAUCUUGAUCAAAUGUUCAGAUUUAUUUUGCUAUUAAGAACAUUACAAAAAAAAUGUUUUGUUUAGUAACAUGAUGUAUCACAAAUGAAAUAUCUAGUUAUAUAACCAAAAUAUGAUGUUUUUAAACAUAUUUUCUCCCUCUAAUAUUUCAUAAUGUUCAACAUUAUUUUGUUACGUUUGUAUAUACUUGCAUUUUUACUUGACUGAAAAAAAUGCUGAAAAAUGAUGUUCUCAAAAUUUUCUGUAAAAUCAUAUUGACAAAUUUUCAUAAGGAAAUGUAUUAACAAUGGAACAUAACUAGAUAGAGAAUCUAUUAGGUGUACAACAUUGCAAGUCAAAGGUCAUUUAAUACUAAGGUCAUGGCAACACCUUAAUUCUGUGACAACUAGUGAGAGAAAUGAUUGUUUACAUUAAUUAUAGCAUUUUUGUAAUUCUGAUAAUUUUCAUUUUGUUACUGUUGUUUUCCACAACUAUAAAUGGUUUGUAAGUGGAACUGCACUACAGCGUGUCUUACUUCAUGCUUCACAUGGCAUGCUUGGUUUUUGAUAACAAAGUUUAUGAAAAAAUUUUAAGUGGGUGUACCAGCUACAGACUAAUUAUUAAAAAAAAAAUGUAAAAAGGAUGUAAAAAUAUGAAGCCUGGUCUAAACUGAUAGUCAGUUUAUUAAAUAGAAAUUCAGAGUCAUUUUUAAUGAGAUUUGUGGUGUGAAUUAAAUUUAUAAAAUGAACAAAGUACAUUUUGUGGCUCAACUAUAGAUAAAAAUGAUGCAUUUUCUAGUACUACUUGUAUAUUUUUUUUUUCUUUUCCAGUCGCGGAGAUGAUCGGGUAUAGUAAUGUAUAUUCCUACAUCUUGGUUAAUAAAUGUCAGAGAACUGGAGAGAUUUGAA